CAGGUGAAAGUGUUUGUUCAUUAGGGCCUCGACAGCGGGGGCGCGCUCGCUCGCUCCCGCCGGUGCUGCUCGCUCCCGCGGCAGGUGAAGUGUCACCGGCGUUUUACGAAGUUUAUACCCCUGAGGUACAGUAUGUCUCAAAGCUUUGGCAGGCGAUACUCAUGCCUGAUCAUCAAAUCGAAGGACUGACUUUGCUGCUCACCGAAUGAGAGGUUAUUUAGAAUGACAGAAGUUGACAAACUCCUGCCAGAACUCUAAACUGAAAUGUCUAAUGAGAUAUUAAUCAUGUCCUCUGACCUAGUUGAGAGCACAGUUCCUGUGCCCCAUAGAGGCCUGCAGUUGGUCCUCUCCCCUGAGAGUCAUUACAGCAACUCAUCCACAUCCCCUUCACCUGACUCCGACAGUAGUUUUUCCAACGUGAGUGACAGAGGUGCCAGCAGCUCCCCUGACAUCAACAUGCUGGAGUGCUGCCUCAGUCAAGGAUCCUUUGUGGACAACCCCUACAACAGCACCUUGCCACAGGGUCAUGUGUUCUGUGGUGUAGGCACAAACCUGAACCAAACUUUUAUCGCCACACCUGUUUAUAGCAGCGUGAAUUUCUGGAAUAAAAACCUGAGUCCAAUGAGCAUCCAAGAGAUGGGAUCAGAGAAGUACAAGACUUUUAAUAAGAACACAGGGGAUGGCAGCAACACUGCAGGGACGUCUCCAGACUCUGCUGGAAGGGGAAGCCACCUGAGUUCACGUGAGACCUCCCGUCGAGGAUCCACUGAGAAUGACUGGUUCUCCCUGAGUUCUGGUGAAAUGGUGAUAAGGAGCAACAGUUUUUGUCUGGCAGACCAAUCUCUACCAGUUGUCUCUUCCCUGGAGGAUUCCUCAGUCUCUCCAGCUGCUUGCCAUCUAGCACUGCCUGCUGAAUCUGACCUACUGCCACCCACUCUGCCAGAUGUCUGUGAAAAAUCUAUAGAAUUAGCCAUGGACGAAAACAUAGGCCAUCCACGUCUGGGCAUGACCUUCACCGAGGCAGACAACUGGGAGAUCCCCGCUGAGGAAAAUGAUUUGGCAACAUACAACUCUCUUUUAGCUCUACCAAGUGAGAAUGAAGGAGUUCUUCUGCAGACCUUUCUCUGUGAACCAUCUUCUGCAGAUAGUGAAAAAGAGGCUCAUGUUGGUAGUGUUGAAGCAGAGCUGUUGGCCCAUUUUCCUGGAGUAAUUACACCAGAACAAGGCAAGACCUUUCUAUCCACUCUGUCAGCUAUGCAAGAAACUGAGAAGGACAUUCAUACUUCUACUCCAGUACAAAACAUUGGGAACAAGAUACCCAGCCUUCCCUCCUUUUCAGAGUCUCCCUGCAGUCCAGGACUCCUACCUGUUAAACAGCAGCCAGACUCGGUGACUCCUAAACAACGACUGGUUGCAGGACUGCUGCCUUCAGCUAUGAAAGUUAAGAAAAUGGAAAUAAAAAGGUUUUCUAAGUCAGACUUGAGUAAUAUAAAAUCUAAAGUGCUGACAAGAACUACGCAUCAGAAGGUAGUGACAGGCCCUGCUUCACAAGACAAACCAUCACAGGUUCAUGUGACAAAUAAACAGACUGAUGCACAUAGAGUGGCGACUAUCCAGAUUAGUCUUGCCAAGAUGAGGAGCAGCACUGCAGUUGUCUUUACCACUACUCAAAUGGUUAGUGAUCCUCAGAAACGAGCAAAUACAGGAGCUGCCAACUUGGGCAUGACAAUGAUACAGUCAUGUGGGCAAAGUGCUGUAGAUGGACAGGGCAAAAGUAGAGCAUCCCCACCUGACCCCCACACAGCUGCAGCAGACGCCUCACCACAGCAUGCUGGCAACCAAACCUUCUGCAUCCCAUCUCUCGAAAAAUCACUCGAUGGAAGUAGUCAAACAGAUCCCAAACCAGCUCCUAAAAAGGGCAUGUCAAACAAAAUUGAGGUCAGGUCAGGCUGGGCUUCAGGUCAGGACAAGCCUCUUGUCCGUAAGACGCGGCCUCGCUGCUCAUCGGAGAGUUCAAUGUCGUUAACUAGGCCACCCAAAGAGAAGAGAACAACUUUAAGGUUCUCAACUAGCUUUACCAUUCCCAAAUCUGGCAACCACUUAAGCCAGACCAAACCAGGGAUACUGACCGGCUCCCAGAAUGAACGGGACGUACAAGCGAAGGCCACAAAGAUGCCUGCUGAAAACUCGGCUAGAGCAGUGAAGAGGAUCAGCCUGGUGGAAGAGUCUAGUACAUCAACAGCACCGGGAUCCUCAUUGGAUGAGAGUAAGAGCAGAUUUCGACUAAGGCCCUCUCCUAGACAAACAAGAGCAGCACCACCAGCUAUCAGUCCCAGAGCAGCAACUCUGUCAACCAGGCAGAGGCAGGCAACCCUGGGUGGGCAUGACUGCAGGACCUCCAAAGCUGUAGGGACACCCCAGUCCAAGCAUAAGGGAAUUACAGCUAGUCAGAGAGGAGGCCCACCACUCGGAGCGGCCUCAGCAGCAAGUAUUAAGCCCAAGCUGAAUGGAUCCCAACCUCCUCAGACCCCCACUCGCUCCUCUCUUAUGGGCCUUCCCCCUACUUCUGCUUCUAGACUACCACGCAAGACCCAGGGGCCGUCCAGGAGCCUCGCUGAGGCCAAUGUUCACGUUUCUGGAGGAACUGCAAAUAAACAAACCCCAUUCAAAUCUGUUGUGCUGAAAGCCAGGCUCAUCUCAACAACCGGGAAAAACACGGGAAAAACUUUGACCACAGCAUGCAGGCCUGCUGCCUCCCCCAGCAAAGGAGCUUCAAGUUCUACAGUCAGUCCUCCGAAAAGGACUGCCCCUGCGAGAUUUGUUCGUCUCACUUCAGGUGGGCCCGUGGACAAGAACAAACCCAAGGCCAGCUCCCGCCAGCAGCACCCUCAGCAGCACCUGUCCCAACCAAACCAGAGUCAUGGACCUCCAGAUGUGGUGCCACCGAGUGUCGCCAAGGCAGAAAAGAAGGACCAGAACAGCCAGCAGCUAACAGGACUUCUCACAGCCAGUAACUGCAGAUUUGAGGCACUCACAAUCGUCUUGCAGCAAACUUUGACUAAGCGCGAUGAGGCCACUCAGCGGAGCAGGGAGCUGUCGCAGGAGCUGGUCAACCUUCGAGGAGAUCUGGUUGGCUCCGUCCGUUCGUCCGAGCGUUUGGAGAAGGAGAAGGAGGACUUGCGAGUCUCUCUGGAGGAAGCGCUGCAGAAAGUGCAGGAGCAGCACCGGAGGGACGUGGCCGAGCUGGAGCAGCGGCUCCAGGCCUUCUACCAGGCCGAGUGGGACAAGGUCCACCUCACCUACCAGGAGGAGGCGGACAAGUGCAAGACCCUCAUGCAGCAGCAGAUGGGAGAGCUUAAAGCCAACCAUGAAGCCAUGAAGCUGGAGCUGCAGAGCAGCCACGCAGAGCAGCUGCAGUGUGUCAAACAGCAGCAUGACAUGUCACUGGAAGAACUCAGGAACGUUCACAAUCAGGAGCUGCAGUCUUUGGACAAAUCGUUGAAAGAUGCAGAAUUUUCUCUAUUCGGACAGAUUGACGAGCUGACUGUAGAGAAUAAAGCCCUGAUGGAGAAGCUAACGGCAGAGGAGACGAAGAGGAAGGCGCUGGCUGAAAAGAGUCGGGCGUCCCUGCAGAAGGACCCCCACACCCUAUACCUGGAGCAGGAGCUGGAGAGCCUCAAGGUGGUGCUGGAUAUCAAAAACAAGCAGCUCCACCAGCAGGAGAAGAAGCUGAUGGAGAUCAACAAACUGACGGAGAAGAAUGUGAAGUUGGAUGAGAACCUCAAGAAGGUCCAGCAGGAGAAUGAGGAUCUCAAAGCUCGCAUGGAACGACACGCUGCGCUGUCAAGACAGCUGUCCACAGAGCAGACCGUGCUGCAGGAGUCUCUCCACAAGGAGUCCAAGGUGAACAAGCGUUUGUCCAUGGAGAACGAGGAGCUGCUGUGGAAGCUCCACAACGGAGACCUGAGCAGCCCCCGCAAGGUGUCGCCCACCUCCACCUCCCCCUCCCACUCCUUCAGCCUCCAGUCACCACGCGGCUCGGCCUUCUUCCCCAGCCCCCCCCCUGUCUCGCCCAGAUAACGAUGGGCCCCUGCUUCCAGGAAGCAGAGACCGCCGCGUGCGAGUUGUCCCUCUCGAAUAUAUGGAGCCGCGUUUUGUUUCCUGGUCGCUUUGCAACGCAACAGCCUGAGCUUGGCUCCUUCAGGACUGGAUGAACUCUUGACACUUUCGUCAAAAAAUAUAGGUUGCACAGAAGCACUUAAUAAGCGAGGCCACCUUGUUCUUCACCUCUCACAUCUGAAACUAUGGAUGAGGGAAAAGUAAAUCUCAGGACUUCUAUGUAAGGAAACACUAUUUCUGUCACUUGGCUUGUCGUUUCUGAAGCUCACAUACAGAACGUGCAGUAAAAAUAAAAAACAUACACCUGUGCAGAUGCAGCCCUGCGCUGUGAGAGUGAGCUUGUGUGUCCACAGCUAUGGACUCAGAAUAAUACUAUAUCCCUCCUCAGGGUGUAUUUUAAUCUUCAACACAUAUUAGAGUCGCUUCUGUUAGAUUCCUGCACCAUUUCUCCGAGCUAACUGCUCAAGGGGCAACAGGCAACCUGUCGUAUCACUAACGGAGUCAGUUCACCAGUUCUGCACAUGCCUCUCUCUUAACAGAGGAAUGUUCACACACACAUGGAGGUUGUUCCGCCCACAGUAUUCAUGGGCUUGUUCAGAAUUUUCAGAAGGUCAUAUUCAUUAAUAAAGCUCGAGAUUUGUCUGUAUCAACAGUUUGGCUACCGUCUCUGGCCCCAAACAUGUUUUUGUUUGUUUGUUUGUUUAUUUGAUCGACGAAGGGACCAGUCACAGUCGUUGUCUUUGAGUCGUGUGACUCCACCCUCACUGAAGCCUCCUUCUAACACAGCUUUAAAUCCAGCCUCUUUGCAGUGAGCCAACCAGAAGAAGCCUUGCUUGUACAUGUCAGAUACACUGCAUCUUGGAAAUGUCUAAAAAAAAAAGUAUUUUGUGUGGAAUUUAUGUUAUUGGUUUGUUGACCCUGUUUGAAAUAUGCAAUUAAUAAAGGUCUUGUAUUUAACCUGAA